AUGUCCGGCGACGAGACGUCAGUGCCCGUUCCCUCUACAUCGCACGUCGCGGUUAAACUUCCAACCUUCUGGCCACGAAAUGUCGAGCUUUGGAUUGCGCGUUGCGAAGCCGAAUUCGAAGCAUGCAACGUCACUCGUCAAGAGACCAUGUUCAAUCACUUGCAGCGUUGUCUUCCUGACGAGUAUGCGGAGGAACUCUGCGACCUCCUCAUCCACCGCCCUUUAGAACAACCUUACGACAAGUUGAAAGAGGCUCUGGUAAAGCGCGUAGCCAUGACAGAGGAGCGCCGACUACGACAACUUCUCACUGGCGAAGAGCUCGGGGACUGAAAACCUUCUCAACUACUGAGAAGAAUGCAGCAGCUUGUUGGCGAACGCAAGUUCGACACCUCCAUCCUUCGCCAACUUUUCCUUUAGCGUCUCCCACUCGACGUCCAGACAGUUUUGGCUGUUUCUCAAGGAAGCAUGGAAGAAUUGGCAGAGCUUGCCGACAAGGUUAUGGCAUUGAGAGUCGCAGAGACUCAUUCAGUAAUUCACACCGCCAGCCCUAUUUCUCAUGAAUAUGAUCAGCGCCUUGAUCGACUCGAGCAGUUGGUCAUGCAACUGACAACUCAACUCAGUGCAGUUGCCGCAGGAGGUCCGAGGCUAUCAAGAUACCGUCGGCGGAGUUCCUCACGUUCCUGUAAUCGUCGCCAGCAGUCUUCAAGUGGCAUGUGCUGGUAUCACCAGAAUUUUGGACAAGCAGCACGACGAUGUCUGAAGCCAUGUUCAUUUAAGUCACCUCUCAAGGCUUCGGGAAACGAUCCCACCCGACAGUAGCGGCGAAUACUGCCGGGGGCGCUUCCAAUGUUCACACUCGCCGUUUAUUUCUCUGGGACCGUAUCGCUGGCGCCAAAUUCCUUGUCGACUCUGGUGCCGAGGUUAGCGUGGUUCCGCCAACUCCGGCCGAACGCAAACACCGCAGCUCUUUUUGUCUAACAGCUGCCAACAACUCCAGCAUCCCCACUUUUGGACAGCGCUCCAUCACACUCGAUUUGGGCCUUCGUCGGAUUUUCCGAUGGGUUUUCAUUAUUGCCGACGUUUCCGUCGCCCUCAUGGGCGCCGAUUUCCUAGCUCACUUCAAUUUACUAGUUGACUUGAGGAAUCGCCGGCUUGUCGACUGCAUCACCAACCUUCAUACCCGUUGUCAAUCCGGUGUGUACCCCUGCGUCAACCCUCUCACUGUUAUGCCCAUUUCUGACUGUCCUUUCCACUCACUCCUCAGGCAGUUUCCCCGCCUGACCAACCCCUCAUUUCGGGAAGUGGACAUCAAGCACACAGUCACCCACCAUAUUUCCACCACCGGAGCUCCCAAAUCUUGCCGACCACGUCGUCUUGCUCCGGACCGUUUGAAGAUUGCCAAGGCAGAGUUCGAACACAUGCUCGAGCUCGGCAUCAUCCGACAGUCCGACAGCUGCUGGGCAUCACCCCUCCACCUUGUCCCCAAGAAGAAUGGCGACUGGCAACCGUGUGGUGACUAUCGGGCGUUGAACUCUGUGACUGUCCCCGAUCAGUAUCCCGUCCCGCACAUCCAAGACUUCACCCUUUCGCUACAUGCUUAGCGAAUAUUCUCUAAGUUCGACCUUGUGCGCGCCUACCAUCAAAUCCCGAUCGAAGCCAGUGAUGUUCCGAAAACUGCAGUGACCACUCCCUUUGGGUUAUUCGAGUUCACUCGUAUGCCCUUUGGUCUGAGGAACGCCACUCAAACCUUUCAGCGAUUCAUUGAUCAGGUUCUGCGAGGUCUCGAAUUCGUCUACGCCUACAUUGAUGAUUUGGUAGUGGCUAGUUCUGAUGCUGCUGAACACGAGAUUCAUCUUCGACAGCUCUUCGAACGGCUCGACUCCUAG